AUGUCGAAGGAUUCUUCAGCAAUGUCCCCAAGGGCUUUGAGUCUGGCGGCCGUGUGUCUACAGUCGACAGUGCUGGCCAUCGUGUAAGCCCACGCUCUCGGAUCGUUCCUGCCUGAUCCUUUCCACCGGCCAAUGUGCUCGGCUGACGCGACCGCUGGCUGACGACCCCGCGGGGGCUUUGGAAUUAACCAUUACAGCCUUCAUAUUUCUCAAGCAAAAGCAAGUCCCGGUGAAAGGUCGUACAAGGCCUCGAGUGCCGUCCUCUUGACAGGUGAGUUGUACGCUCACGCUGGCUCGACGAUGAAUGAGGCUGGACGAUCGCUCCGGGCCGACAUUCGCCAGCCGGGAUGGCGGGCAGGCGGGGUGGCAGCUCGCCGGGCGCAUCUCCGAGCAAUGCCAGGCUUUCGGGCGUCACUCUCAGAUGUUUCCUGUACUCGCACUGACAUGCAGCGCGCCCAUCCUAUCUUGAUGUUUAAUCUCUUUAGAACUCGGAAAAUUAUUGCUCUCCUUGUUGCUGGCACUGCGGGACGUGUGGAAGGAGCGCGCGACAUUGCUGGCGCCUAGACACGCCUUGCCUUCGCCCGAGCUCUAUUCGUCAGGCUACGAGAACGGCAAGGACAAGUACUCGCUACCACCGGAUGCGGCGCCACCAGAGUCUCGUCGGCACACACUCCGACGACGGAGCUCCGCCAUCAGCCUCGACCUGCGAAUAGAACACAACGAAAAGGUGCGGCGCUUGUCUGGCAAGUCGGCCCUCGCGGCGUUUCAAUGGCCUCGCACAAUGCUCUCCCCCGUGCCAGAUAUGAAGGGGUCGCCACUGCUGUGCGGGAGUCCCGAGAUUGUGAAGAGGCUCAAUGACCCGACUUUGUGGACGCGGCGCCGUCGCCUGGGUCUGCGAGCGAUGCUCUGGGAGGACAUCUUUGGUUCCGACUGGUGGAAGAUGGGAAUUCCCGCGGUGCUCUUUGCGGUGCAGAACAAUCUGAUGUGAGUCGAGAAAAUCAUUUAUAUUCCGUUCUAUCUACCUAUGCAAGGUGUCGUCGAGCUCAACGUUUGGUUUUUGCAGUUACGUCGCCGCUCGUAACCUCUCCAUUCCCGUCUUUCAGAUCACGUUUCAGAUCAAGGUGGGGCGCCCAAGAUACUGGAAGCGGAGAAAGGGAGCCUAACGAGUAUCACAACAGACUGACGCGUACUUUUCCACUUUGGUCUGUACAGACUGUGGUCACCGCUUUGUGCGCGGUAGUGAUGCUCGGCCGCCGGCUGACGGCCCUGCAGUGGGUCACGUUGAUCACACUCGGUGCCGGUGUCGCCUCGAUGCAGCUCGGCGCGAUCCAUGCCAAGUCCGGCGGCGACCCCGGCCACUCACCCAACGUUUCCGCUGAGGAAGAUAUGAACCACUUGGCUGGGGUGGGUGCCGUGCUUGUUUCAUGUUUGGCUUCGGCCAUCGCCGCAACCUACUUCGAACUCGUCAUCAAGAAGCCCGCUGUGGUUCCUCAGAUCCGCGAGUACAUGAUGGUCGCACCGCCGGAUCUCAAGCCAGCGAGUCUUUGGGUUCGCAACAUCCAGCUGUCAUUAUUCAGCACCUUGUUCGGCAUUGCGGUCGUUCUCGUGCAAGCCAGCCCAGCUCAUUUCGCCUUCCACGGAGGACUUUCGCUCGACUUCAAGGGCACGCUCGAUCCCCUCGAGCAUUGGUACGAUCCGUUUUCACUGGCGGCCGACGGCUUCUUUGAAGGCUUCAACUCCGUGACGUGGUUUGUCGUCGCGUUGCAGACCAUUGGCGGAUUACUUAUUGGUACGUCACCGAAUCAUGAGAUGCUUUCCGCGCAAUGCGCUUGUUCACCAAGCUCAUCCGUGGUCGCGUGUCUGACUCUUCUUCGUAGCUCUCGCGAUCAAGUACGCCGACAACGUUGCGAAAUCGUUCGCACUCUCGGUCUCGAUCGUGUUCACCUUCCUGCUUUCGGUGCUCAUGUUCGAUUUCCAAGUCACACCCUCGACCGCUAUCGGUGCUCUCGCUGUGGUGGGAUCGACGAUGCUCUUCGAAGUCGACCAAAGCGCACUCAAAUCGGCGAUCAUGCUCGACGGUCAUAAACGAGCUGGCCCGCUCCUCCGCAGAUGGCACUACGUCUUGUUGGUGGUGCUCGGGACCAGCUUCCUUGCGACGGUCACCCCACUCUCGCGUUUCUCCGUCACCACGGCGGCUUGGGACGCACUCAGCUCGCACGUCGACCUGUCCGCUUCAUCGACGCAGCCGACAAUCGCCAUCGCCGACAUGGUCCGCAUCAACGCGUACCUCGCGAGGGGCGCUGGUCCGGGCGAAGGGGAAUGCGAUUGGGGCUUGUCGCCUUUGCGGCUGUCAACACGACAGGCAUUCGGGCCCACGACUGACAAGGGCCUUGCGGCUUCCAAUGUUGUGAGUCAUUAGGGCCUUCAAAUAAGAAAGUAAAUUUUUGGAGCUGACCUAGUUGCGUGUGACGUGCUAUACAGAACUUUCCGUACUACGAGUUCGAGACUGGGCAAUAUUCGCUCGACGACAUUCUUGCCACGCGCAUGACUGACUAUGCGCACAACGUCCCGAUUCUCGCGUCGCCCUCGCCAGACUUCAUCUUCCUUCCCCUCCUCUCGCUGUUCUACUCGAAUCCGUGGAACUGCGAGUCCAAGUCUCUGCAAGAAGGAAUUCGCCAGACGACAGAAUACAUUCGCGCCAUCGUUCACAGCGUCGGCAAGACCGCCUACCCUCGCAUCAUCUUGCCCAUCGCGGGUGUUCGCUCGGACGUCGAGGACAAGCUCUUCACCCCAGAGCUGAUGGAAGAGUUCAAGGAUAGCGUUGUCGUGGUCUCCAUUGAAUCGGCACCCAAGAGAUACCCCGAGGCGCUUAAAUAUCUGAUCGACGUUCCUUACCCGACCUGGUUCCAUCUCUCGACGAAUCGCGCGGGUCGCAAGCCCGGAACCGACGACUACUUCCUGCUUCAGAACCGACCGAACCUCGUCUUCUACGCUGCAGCAGUGUCACACCCCUGGGGCGCCCCCGCGUCCGAGCCGUUUAAUGGCUUUGCGCUUCGCCAAGUUCUGCAGCGUCAGUUCUCGAACUACGUCGCACUCCCUGCUGAGCAGCAGACAUCGCGCGUCAUCUUCGAAGACCUCAAAGUCGACCACGAUGGCUCUCAGGACUUCGAGGGCUUCCAUAGCUCGAUGGCGUCUUCGGUGUUCUGCCCCAUGCCCGCGGGUGACUCACCCACGCGCCGCGCAUUGUACGAGGCCGCGCUGCUCGGCUGCAUUCCCGUCAUCUUCCGCGAGCGCUCGUACGGUCGCUUAUUCCCCUCGUCCCCCGAGAUCAACGACCUGUCGCGAUGGACCGUCUACGUCGACGAGCACGAGAUGAUUGAAGGAGUCGGGCAGGGUCUGAUUGAGCGCCUCGAAGCGAUUACCCCGUACGAGAUCCAGCGUCUGCAACGCCACCUCGCGUCCAUCGCGGCCGGUCUGCAAUGGUCGGUCCUUGACGAAGACCAGUGGUACCCACCCGCGCGGGUCUCCCAUACCAACCCGGGCGUCUACAACCAGACGAGCUUUUACAAUCAUACCAAAAGCAUCGAACAACAGAGGAGAGCCUCCCCGGUCAUCGAUGCCUUUUCUCUCCUCGUCAAAGAGCUGGAAGGAAUCCGCGAUGGCACAUGGCGAGCCGGUAUCGCCCGGGACCAUCGCGUCGGCAAACAUUCGAAGCAUUUCGGAAAGUCUGCAGCGCAUCAGCAGCAGCAAACUCAAAAAAUGCAGCAGGUCAAGCGCCAAAACACUCGUCGGCAAGCGGAGGAGCCUUGA